CAAAAAAGAAGAAGAGUGGGAAAAAGAAGAAAUCUGCCAAAGCAUCUGGUGCAAUAUCUAUUAUCGAUGGCGUCAUUACUUCAGAGAUGUCAAAGGCCGAGUUAGAGGACCAUGUCGUACGACUCAAAGAAGAGUUGGACCGGGAGAGAGAGGAAAGGAAUUUUUUUCAACUGGAACGAGACAAGAUCAACACAUUUUGGGAGAUUACUAAGAGACAGUGUGAUGAAAAAAAAGCCGAGCUGCGCAACAAAGACCGUGAAAUGGAGGAUGCAGAGGAACGCCACCAGGUGGAAAUUAAAGUGUACAAGCAGAAGAUUAAGCAUCUUCUGUACGAGCAUCAGAACAGCAUCAGUGAGUUGCGAGCGGAGGAAGCCAUCAAGAUGAAGCUGGCACACAACGAGUUCCAGACGAGUGAGACUGAAUUAGUGGGGGAGAAGCAGAAGUUGAAGACAGACAUCAAAGAGCAAGAGCUGAGCCAUGAGGACAUCAUUAAGAACCAAAAACUUAAGCAGCACUCGGAGAUGACGGUCAUGCGGCGCGACUUUGAGAACCAGAUGCGUGACGUCGAGACGAAGUAUGAGCGGCGUACGCGGGCGCUGCGCGACGAGCUCGACCUGCGGCGGCGCACCGAGAUGCACGAGGUCGAGGAGCGCAAGAACUGCCAGAUCAACACGCUCAUGAAGAACCACGAGAAGGCGUUCAGCGACAUCAAGAACUACUACAACGACAUCACGCUCAACAACCUGGCGCUCAUCAACACGCUGAAGGAGCAAGUGGAAGAGCUGAAGAAGCGGGAGGAGCGGAUGGAGAAGCAGGUCGCCGAGGUGACGCUGGAGAACAAGCACCUGAAGGAGCCGCUGCACACCGCGCAGCAGCAGGUGCAGGAGCUGCAGAAGCAGCUGUCCAACUACGACAAGGACAAGGCGUCGCUCGCCAGCUACAAGGCACGCCUCAAGGUCGCCAACGAGCAGCUGAAGGCCUUGGAGUGGGAGCACGAGGUGCUGGAGCAGCGCUUUGAGAAGCUGCAGACAGAGCGCGACGAACUCUACAAGAAGUUCGUCGCCGCCAUCAACGAGGUGCAGCAGAAGAGUAGCUUCAAGAACCUGCUGCUGGAGAGGAAGCUGUCGGCGCUCGCAGACUCGCUCGAGAAGAAGGAAGCUCAGCUCAACGAGGUGCUGUCGGCGUCCAACCUCGACCCGCAAGCACUGAGCAUCGUCACGAGGAAGCUGGAGGAUGUAUUGGAUUCGAAAAAUUCGGCGAUCAAAGAUUUGCAGUAUGAACUAGCGAGAGUUUGCAAGGCUCACAACGACAUGUUGAACACGUAUGAAGCGAAAUUGAGGAGCUACGGUGUGCCCCCGGAGGAGCUCGGAUUUAAGCCACUGCAGAUGUCGUUCGGGGGCCAGCGGCUUGGGCAGGGCCCCGCAGGACUUGUGGCCGCCCCAACAUAAGGGCAGUAGUCGCUGCUGGGCGGGGUACGUCGCCCCCCAACCCCCACACACAGGACAUUUGUGGCCAGCCGGCUCUUGGACAAAGGGGUUGCAGGCAUUGUUUGACUCCAGUUUCGAAAUUUUCACACGAGGAAGGUUUGGAGAAACUUAUUGUCGGGGAAGAUUUCAAGCAGUAGAUAGUUUGUUGUUACUACUUCGAAUGAAAAGUAUGUUGCUUACCAAAUAACAAAAAAGGAAAAUGUGACAAAGAUAGUGAAAAUGUGAAAUAUAGAGAAGCCGCACAUAUAUUUAUAUCACUCGAUUUUUGAUUAGGUGGAUCACGUGUGAAAAAGUAAUUUUAUUAUCUUCACUAUGGUUCGAGCAAUUCAAUCCACAGUAUGUUCUGCACACUCAGUAUGUGUAGCCUAGUUGUGCAUGUCUGUGUAUACAUGCCUGCGUACUACUGUUUAUCACACGUGUGAGUGUUAUUAUUUACAUUUUAUACGCAACAUUAAAGUUUUCACCAGUAAUGGCGGUUUUAUAUCAUU